AUGCCCAAUGGAAAGCCCUCUUCGCCCUACGUUGAGCGAAGCAAUCCCAUGCCAAACGGUCAGAUUGCUGCCCCUCAGACCGUCACUUCAAAAGAUCCGAAGGCUGCCGCCCAAGCUGCCAGCGAUAUGCGAAACAUUGUUCGACGAAAACUCACUGGUUACGUCGGUUUCGCCAACCUGCCCAACCAGUGGCACCGCAAGAGUGUGAGAAAGGGCUUCAACUUCAACGUCAUGGUUGUCGGCGAAUCUGGUCUCGGGAAGUCAACGCUCGUAAACACUCUCUUCAACACAUCUCUCUACCCUCCCAAGGAGCGCAAGGGACCUAGCCUCGACAUCGUCCCGAAGACUGUCCUCAUACAGUCAAUCAGCGCCGAUAUUGAAGAGAAUGGUGUCCGACUACGAUUGACGGUUGUAGAUACCCCGGGUUUCGGCGACUUCGUGAACAACGACGAGUCGUGGCGCACGAUCGUUGAGAACAUCGAGCAGCGCUUCGACGCCUACUUGGAUGCGGAGAACAAGGUCAACAGGAUGAACAUCGUAGACAACCGCAUUCACGCCUGCGUGUACUUCAUCCAGCCUACAGGUCACUCACUCAAGCCUCUAGACGUUGAGGUUAUGAAGCGAUUACAUACGAAAGUCAAUCUCAUCCCCGUCAUCGCCAAGUCCGAUACCCUGACCGAUGACGAGAUUACGGCCUUUAAGACGAGGAUCCUUGCGGACAUCCAGUACCACAACAUCCAGAUCUUCGAGGGGCCACGGUACGAGUUGGACGAUGAGGAAACCAUCGCCGAGAACAACGAGAUCAUGUCUAAGGUGCCUUUCGCCGUUGUUGGAGCCAACAGCGAGGUGACAAGCCCAGACGGCCGCAAGGUCCGUGGGCGAAGCUAUCCUUGGGGUGUGAUUGAGGUCGACAACGAAGAGCAUUGCGACUUCGUCAAGCUUCGACAGAUGCUUAUCCGCACUCAUAUGGAAGAGCUCAAGGAGCACACUAACAACGCUCUCUACGAGAACUACCGCUCCGACAAGCUCACGUCAAUGGGCGUUGCACAAGACCCAAGCGUCUUUAAGGAGGUCAACCCAGCCGUCAAGCAAGAAGAGGAACGCUCGCUGCAUGAGCAGAAGCUCGCGAAGAUGGAGCAGGAGAUGAAGAUGGUAUUCCAGCAGAAGGUCGCCGAGAAGGAAAGCAAGCUCAGGCAGAGCGAAGAAGAGCUCUACGCACGUCAUCGGGAGAUGAAGGAGCAGCUCGACAGGCAACGGCAGGAUCUGGAAGAGAAGAAGUCGAGGAUCGAAAGCGGACGUCCGAUCGAGGAGAAGGGCAAGAGAAAGGGGUUCUCUCUGCGUUAA